AUGUCUCCCAUCGUCGAAAACUUUGAAGAGUUGGACCAAAGUCUUGAUUUCGAAACCUUCUGCGCCAUUGGCGGAAUACCCGAGCAGGGCAUAUUGCCAGAGUUCCAGAUUAUAUGGACCAAGGUGGCCGAUAUGAUUGAAGUCCAGUGCUUUGAUCUUGAGGAGGGUGGCGCAUUAGCCUGCGAUGUUGCAGUGCACGGUCCGGCACUAUACUACAGUGCCAGAACACGGGAACCGUCACUGCACUAUCAGAUCAACGGACUUGUCUCGGCGAUGUGGUCACCUAUGUUUUCGAAAUCUUAG